AUGGCCGAAGUUAUGAUUACUGGAAAACGUCCUCUUAAAGGAGAAAUAAAAAUUUCUGGGUCGAAAAAUGCCGUACUCCCAGAAAUGGCAGCUUGUCUUUUGACCGAAGAAAAAGUUGUUUUGACAAAUGUGCCUGAGAUAAGCGACAAAGAAGAAAUGAUCAAAACGUUACAAAGUUACCAAGUUUCGGUAAAUUCUUCAAGCGAUAAGUUAGAGAUUCAAGCAGGGAAUUUGUCAGAUCGACCAUCUGAAAAUGCUGGAGAUAAAACUCGUGCAUCUUUUCUCGUGUUGGGUGGUUGCUCACUUCAAAAUGAUGGACGACCUGUCGAUUUUCACAUUGAAGCCAUGAAAGAAAUGGGUGCCGAACUCGUUGAAGAAACCACAAACAAGGUAUUGAUGAAGGCGACGCAUGGCCUGAAACCAGCGACAAUAACUUUUCCUAAAAGUUCAGUUGGUGCAACCCAAACGGUUAUGAUGGCGGCUAGUCUUAGUGAAAGUGUUGGAUCUAGCAGAGAUGCUGAAAAAAUGGGUGCUAAGAUCAUUAUCAAAGAGAAUGUCUUAAUUCAGGAAAGAAUCACAGAGUUUGAUAUAAGUGAAUACAUAUCAACGUGGAAUGUUAUAAUAGUGCGAGGGCGCAAUUCUCUUCGUGGUGUAAGACAUGAAGUAAUGCCUGAUCGUAUUGAAUUUGGAACUUACGCCAUCGCUGCAGCUAUGAAUAAAGGCUCCAUUCUGUUGAAAGUAAAAGAAGAAAUGCAGGAGAAAAUGCUAAAGUCAAUUGAAAAACCUUUGUAUCAGGCAGGAGUGAAAAUAACCCGUGAGCAUAAUGGUGUUAGAGUCUCGUUGCCAGGCAACGACAUCGAGCCUGCUGAUAUCGAAACAGGUCCAUAUCCUUCCUUUCCCACAGAUCUUUUGCCACAAUGGGUCACCUUCAUGACGCAAGCACGACCAACACAUUGCACUCCACUUACUGGGGAUCAUGUACAGGCAACAGAUCUGCGCGGGGGAGCCGCACUUGUGCUGGCUGGUCUGGUUGCUCAAGGUAGCACGGUGGUCAAAAAUUUUGAACAUAUCAAGCGUGGCUACCCGGAUAUGAUAGGAAAAUUGAAUGGAUGUGGUGCUAAACUGGAAAUUUUAAAACCACCUCGUCAUGGAUUUCAUGGAGGGCCCGAAGGUCAGUUUUCUCGUCUUCGCAUCGACUGA